AUGGUGGAAAAAGCUUUACCGCAGAGCUUAACGUCCGAGUCUCAGCAAGAUACUUCUUGCCUCUUUUCUUGGUAUGACGACAAUUCCCUGAUUUACGACACCUUGGUCCCAGCAAGACCUGCGACCGAUACACAACUACUUCAGCCACUCCGCGUUGGAAACCCCGCUCCGUUUCAACAAUCUAGCUUGGAGUGGGAGCAGUCACGACUUGCGCUGGUCUCCGAAAUCCCAAAGGGCAUAUCUGUUAUCCCGUCUGAUAUUCGAAACAUAGUGGAGUAUGUUCUCUCACACUACGACCGUGUGUGUAACACUAUAUAUUUCAACCCUCAAGACGAUUCUGUCGAGGGGAUGCGUAAAGUAGUAGUGUGGCGCUUGUCAACGUGCGAUUUUGCUCGCAGGGGAAUGCUAAUAGACGCCAAGAUCCGCGAUUCUGUGUUCGAAAGAAGCGAUAGUGGCCGCAGAAGCGAAUUCAUACAUUGGAUUGAGCGGUUCGAGCAAGCGCUUUGUAUCCAGUUCACCAGGCCCACAACUUCAGAAGAGCUACGAGAGAGACUCAUUGACAGCCUAGAGACAUUUUUUGCCAAGAGCAUCAUCCUCAGCGCCACUGCUACGUAUCAAGUAUUUUGCCAAUUUGCACCUAAAUUUCUUUAUAUUGUCAACAACACUACGCCGUUAAGGCCGACUGGACACACCAAUACUGUCUCCAUUGCGCAUUUGCUCGAAUCGCCUUUGUAUAAAUGCACGGACUACAUGUUUAUGGAUAUUGUGGGCUCUAUGGUAUACGGGCUCCCUCAAGUCUUGGAGUACAACACAGACGCUGAUCUUUCCUGCACUCGAAUACACCCUGUCGAAUUACUCAACUGUCUUCCUAGAAGGAUCUUGGUUAUACUUGCAAAAAUCAAUGCCUAUCAGUAUCACGGAGUAGGCAAUUGGCAGGAACUUGAGCAGUCUUUAGUGUGUUGGGAGCCUCGGUCCGGAUUUGAGCCUAAAGGACUAGAGUCCUGGAAAUCAAUUGCUUGGGUUGCUCUUCAGGAAAUAUGGAGGCAUGUUUUGCUGACUUAUUUAUACCUAGCUGUAUGUAGUGCUCGUACAGAUGAUCCAAGAAUAAAGUCGUCGCUACGGCAAGUAUUCCAGCUUUUAGGAAUUAUUAGGCGGCAAGAUCCACCGAUUAACAAUCCACAUCUCUUUGCACCAUAUCUCAUUGUUGGAAUCUGUUCACUUACCGAAAAGCGACGGAGGUUAGUACGCGAGCGACUCAGUUCUGCAGUUGAAACCCGCUCCUGGUCAUUCCGUAGUCCGGACUUCGUUCCGGUCUUGGAUCAUUUAUGGCUGGGGGCUGGAUUGGGAGGACAGCCUGUUACAUGGAACGACUACGUAUACUCCAGGCAUGUUAUGCUCCCAUUGUGUAUACUUGGUUAG